AUGGCUAUCACAAUGGUAUUUCAAAAAAUUUUUCAAACAAAAGCUAAUUUUUUGGAACCAGAAGUUAUGGGUUAUGAUACACCCGAACUUGUUCAAGAAUAUCUUUAUGAAUUGCAUUUUAAGUUUUUAAUUACUCUUUUAACAAAUAACGAAUAUAGAUACUUGGAGUUGGAAAGUCAAACAAUAAAAAAUUUAAUUUUGCCAGACUUGGGUUCAA